CACGAAUCACAAACCUGAAGAAUGCUGAUCCCCUGGAGCCAUGCCUGGUGUUUGGCUUGUGCUAACGCUGUUGCUGCGAGUACAGGCAUCGAUUGAAGCUCAAGGAUCAGAACUGAUUGAUGAGGAGAUUGAUGAUAUCUAUGAUUAUGAAGAAGACGUCGAGGAUAAAAGUUUGGAGGAUUGCCGUCCACCUUUGAGCCGCAGAUGUGAGCCGCAGAUGUCAGCGUUUCAACUUCCAAAGUCCUUUUCGGAUGUAAAGUCUCCAACGACUUGUCAACAUUCCCAUCGAACCAGGUCUACGAAGACAUAGAUUGAAUUGAAGAAAUCGUGAUUUAUUAGGAACAAGUGCCACGCUAGUAGUAACAGGUGCCUUACUAGUAGUAACAAGAAGCUAUUAGAAACAAGUGUAAUCUAAAAAAAAACUAUUAGUAUUAGUUCGCACAUGGUUGUGAUGCAUGAGGUGGCCGUGCCUUUGCUGCGAUGGCCCAGGGCCGGGUGACUGUGUGAUUUGCGCAGAAGGCUAUGCAUGCCAGGAUCAAGAUCGAGAUGGAGCAGGUAAUUGCGUGCAAGGAGAACCUGGAAGUUCAUCCUGUCUGGAUGCAGAUCCUGACGACGCCGAAGAGGAUUCACCUUUCGAAGACGAUGAAGAAACCGAAGGAGGGUUAGAAGAUGAUGAGGAAGAGGAAAUGGACGAGUUCGAUUUCGCAGAGGACGAUGCGAUGCUUGCUGAUCAGCCGACGUCUGAACAGCACGACGAGAUUUAAGUGCGCAAGUGACAAAAUGAGUUGCAAUGAUGCUAGAGUGCGUCCG